UCUCUGUCUUAUGUUGCAAGCGGACCAUACCUCUGCAGAACAGCUAAUCAAAAGUUUCCGAUCUGAUUUACCUAGUCCAAUACUAUGGAAACAGGCUCUGGUAGAACAAAGGGCCCAGUGUGCGGCAUUGAGAACUGUCGCUCAAGGUGGUAUGAAGUGGGCGAAGACGGGUACCAAUAUUGCCAGAACGGCCAUCGCAAAGGCGAGCUAAUAGUCGGUGUUGACGAGCUCGACUUCAACACCGCACGACGGACGACCACAAGGAAGAAGAGAGAUGACGAGGACACUGGGAAGCAGAAAAAUUACUUCACAAGCCAUCAAGCGGUGGAUCUAUAUCUCAAAAGCCUCCAGCUGAUCCUGCGGCACCAGCUAUGGUACCUGGUCCGAGAGAAACGCCUACCGGAAGAGUUGGAGACCGUGGUAUCCGACCUGUGGGCUCUCAGGAUCCUGCAACUAGAAAACCAAAUCGGAGAGAGUCAACAGUACGAGUCCGAGUCGCAAAAUUUCAGCGCCUCGGAGAAUGAAUCCGAGUUGGAGAGGGAGACGGUGAAAUCACGUCAUAGAGAGAAGAAGCUGAAGACUACGCCGACUUUGCUUGACAGCUUAGCACUGUGCUACCUGGGAAUUAGCACUCUACGACUACCAAUCACGACGGGUGAUAUAUACGACUGGAUCACCAAUGGGCAGAUGCCUUAUAAAAGAGCGAUAAAACAUAUACCCCCGGCUAUGAGAGAGAAGCUACCCUCGAGUUAUCACGCAAUGCUAGAUCCGGACGCGCCACUGAAAUAUGAGCGCUUCCACUCGACAUUGAAUGAUCUGAAGAUCAGCCUCCAGCGAGAAUACGGCGUGAUCUGGCCGGCUCUGAACCGUCCCCUCCUGCUCUAUCGAUUAUUGAAGGAUCUAGCCUUACCUUUGGAAGUAUACGAUGGCACUGUCCGAUUAGCAAGGUAUUUGAACUACAACUUUACCAUGGGCACCGAUGGCACGGGCAAAAUCACCAUACGCCACGUCCCCGAAGCGCAACUAGCGGCUUGCUUCACCAUCUGCGUGAAGCUCUUCUACCCUUUCGACGCCAUCCAACGUUACCCCAGAACCUCGUCCGAGCCAGCCGCCGUCCGCAUCGAUUGGGAUCACUGGUACGAGCAUCUUUCAUCAACAAGAGCGGCGGCCGCGAGACGCGCCAUGCAGUUCUACACGCCCGAAGAACUGAGUGGCUUGCAGGAGAAAGACGUCUUCUCCAUGUCCGAAACCCAGCUCGACCAGUAUCUGGACUGGUAUCAUGAGACGUUCAUCGACGAGACGAGGACGGACCAGAAUGCGGAAAGUGACUACCGCAGAGCGCUGCACAGUAUGUUCCCGGUUGGGGGAACCCCUGCUUCACAAUGGAGCGAGCGAAUGCCGCCGGAACCGGGUGAGCAGGAGAAGCUGGAUGUCGUCAGAGAGAUUCACGGUGUACAGGUGCCGGUCAUGGUGGUAGAAGAUGGGAACCAGCAAGCGGGUAUUGUGCGCCCUGGAGAGCGGUACACGCAGUAUAAAACGGUGGAGGACUUGCCGCAACAGGCGAGGCGGUUCUACGAGCAGGUGGGGAGAAUCAUGGGGCUGUCGGUGGAGAUGCUGGUUCACGCUGUUGUGGUUGCUGAGAGGAGGCUGGCGAAGAUUCAGGCUCAGCAGAAGCAGGAGAGGAAUGUAUGAAUCAAUAUACUUGUAUCAUGGC